AUGAGCACCGAGCGGCGUUUAUCACGGAGUUUCCACUCGUGUCUGAAGGGAUCCUCGACGGAGGAGGCUGCGGAGGACGAGGAGAGCUGCUACCACUCACUCGGUGGCCGACACACACUCAAUAGACAACCUCAGGUGUACGUUGAGGACCUGUCCAACAUCACUCUCGCCGAUUUCGAAGCAUCGCAAGAUGAUAUCGAUG